AUGGGUGGGGCCAGAUAUCCUAGUUGGUUGAUUCUUGGUUUUCAACAAAUGGUUCAUGAGUGUGGCUUAAUGAAUUUAGAGCUUCGGGGCCAGCAAUUUUCUUGGGAGAAAGGUAGGGGUACAGACCAGUGGAUUAAAGUGCGUAUUGAUAGAGCCUUGGUGUCUCAUAAUUGGAUUGACAUGUUUUCAUUGGCUAGACUUACAAAUCUGGACUUUUCCUCAUCAGACCACAGUCCGAUUUUCUUAGAGCCUAUUUAUCGAAGUCAGCAAAGGAAGAAAUAUUCUUUCAGAUUCGAAAAUGCUUGGUUAUCUGAACCUUUGUGUUAUCAGCUUGUCCAGGACAAUUGGGAAAAACGAGGGCAGUUAGAUUUUGGAGGUAAGUUGCAACUGUGUAUUGCUCCUCUUUCUCAUUGGGGUCGUGAGGUUACUGGAAGGUUUAAGGAUAGACUGAAAGCUUGCAAGGUGGUUUUACAAAAGUUCAAAAAUAGGACUGAUAAGGAGGGUCUGUCUCACUAUACAGAGGCCUAUCAACAGCUCUUUCAAACACUUCAUCAAUAA